AUGUUUAUAUCCAUAUUGAAUCCGAUCUCUCUCUCUCUCUCUCUCUCUCUCUCUCUCUCUCUCUAUUUCUGUCUCUUUCAUCCUUUCUGUCUCUCAUCUCUAUCUCUCUCUCUCUCUCUCUCUCCCCCUCUCUCCACCUCUAUCUCUUUCUUUCUGCGUGGGUUUCGUAUCUAUCGUCCUUGGUUCGUAUCUGUCGCCUUUGGUUCGUCCAUACCUCGCUCUAAUGGUAUCUAUGUAUCUGUCACCCUUUGUAUCCAUUUCCAUCUGUUCGUAUCUACCUCGCACUAUUCGUAUCUGUCACCCGAUCUAUCUCGUUUUGUUCAUAUCUGUCGCCCUUUGUUCGGAUCUGUUUAUUCCUUUGUUCGUAAUUGUCGCCCUUUGUUCGUCUCUAUCGUCUUCUGUUCGUGUCUGUCACCUUUGGUUCGUAUCUAUCUCGUUCUGUUCACAAGUGGUGACCUUUGUUCGUAUCUGUCGCCUUUUGUUCGUUUAUAUCUUGUUCUGUUCGUAUCUGUCGCCUUUUGCUUGUCUCCAUUUCAUUCUUUCGUAUUUGUCCCCCUUGGUUCGUAUCGGUCUCCCUUGUUUCGUAUCUGUCCCCCUUGGUUCGUAUAUGUCUUGUUCUGUUUGUAUCUGUCGUCCUUUGUUCGUAUGUUACACACAGCAUUAUCUAUUUCCUGUUCAUGUCACGCUGUAUCGUUCUGUUCGUAUCUAUCACGUACUCUUGUUCUCAAUCUUUCCCGCUCUCUCUCUCUCUUUCUCUUACUCCCUCACACUCUCUCUCACAUACUCUCUCUCUCUUUCUCUCUCAUUCUCUCUUUUAUCUCUGCCUCUCUCUCUCUCUGUCACUCCCCCUCUAUUUCUCACUCUAUCUCUUUUUCUCUCCCUCAGCAUCUAUCUCCUCCGUCUCUUCUUAUCUAUCUAUCUAUCUAUCUAUCUAUCUAUCUAUCUAUCUAUCUAUCUAUCCUAACCAUCUAUUUAUCUAUCUAUCUAUCUAUCUAUCCUAACCAGUUCUUUAUCUAUCUAUUCAUCUAUCUAUCUAUCUAUCUAUCUAUCUAUCUAUCUAUCCAUCUAUCUAUCCUAACCAUUUUUUAUCUAUCUAUCUAUCUAUCUAUCUAUCUAUCUAUCUAUCUAUCUAUCUAUCUAUCUAUCUAUCCUAACCAGUUCUUUAUCUAUCUAUCUAUCUAUCUAUCUAUCUAUCUAUCUAUCUAUCUAUCUAUCUAUCUCCACAUGCUGGCUCCAUUCCCCACCGCCACCAUCACUACUACUUCUCUCUCACUCUUACUCUCUCUCUCUCUCACUCACUCACUCUCUCUCCCUCUCUCUCACUCACUCUCUCUCUCUCUCCCCCUCUCUCUCUCUCUCACUCCCACUCACUCUCUUUCUCUCCUUCGCUGUCUCUGGUCAUUCUCACACAACCCAAACCUCUCUCUCUCUUUUUCACCCUCCCCACCACGCUUCCCGCCCUUUUUCGCUCCAUGCAAGUGCAACACCAAUGAGAUGCGCCAAUGUCUUUUCCGCCUCGUCAUCUUCCAAAAGCCCCUCCCACUUUUAUUUCUGUCUUUAUUGGUAAUUUUUUUUCUUUAUUUUUGUUCUUCCUCCUCCUCCUACUCCUACUCUUCCUGUUCCUCCUAUUCUUCCUCCUCAAACUUCAUCUCCUUCCUCUCUCUUGUUAGCAACAACGAUUUCUACUCCUCCAUCUUCUUUUAUUUCUUACGACUCCUCCUCCUUCUACAAUUGUGCCUUCUUUCUUUCUUUCUUUCUUUCUUUCUCGUUCCUGUUUCUUCUUCCAUGUCGAUCGUUCUCUUACUUUACGUUUUUCUUUCUUUCUUUUUUUCCCACUUCUCUAACAUUUCCAUUACUUCCAUCUCCAAAUAUCCACUUUUACUUUCUUCUUCUUCUUCUUCUUCUUCUUCUUCUUCUUCUUCUUCUUCUUCUUCUUCUUCUUCUUCCAUUUUCAUCUCUUUCCUCAUUAUACCUUCCCUCUCUAUCUCAUUCUGUCUCCCUCUCAUUCUCUCUCUCUUUCUCUUUCUCUCUCAAUUUCUUCAACUGCCUUUACUUCUACAGCCACUCUGUCUACAUCAAGCUCAUUAUCUAUCUAUCUAUCUAUCUAUCUAUCUAUCUAUCUAUCUAUCUAUAUCUAUUCAUAUGUCAGUCUUUUUAUAUCUAAGUCGAAAUCGAGCAUAUUAUCUGUCUAUCUAUCUCUCUAUUUCUAUUCAUAUGUUAGUCUGUUUAUAUGUAACUCAGUCUAUAUCGAGCAUAUUACCUAUCUAUCUAUCUAUCUAUCUAUCUAUCUAUCUGUCUAUCUAUAUCUAUUCAUAUGUCAGUCUGUUUAUAUCUAAGUCUAUAUCGAGCUCAUUAUCUAUCUAUUUAUCUAUCUGUCUAGAAGUAUAUUCAUAUAAAUCUAUCUAUCUAUCUAUGUAUCUAUCUAUCUAUCUAUCUGUCUGUCUGUCUGUUUAUAUCGAUCUGUCUAUCUAUCUCAUUCUGUUCAGAUCUAUCAAUCUCUCUAUUUCAGCCUAUUUAUAUAAUUCUAUCUAUCUAUCUAUCUAUCUAUCUAUCUAUCUAUCUAUCUAUCUAUCUAUCUCAGUCUCUUCAUAUCUAUCUAUUCCAGUCUCUUCAUAUCGAUCUUUCUAUCUAUCGCAUUUUGUUCAGAUAUAUCUCAUUCUGUUUCUUUCUUUCUAUCUAUCUAUCUAUCUAUCUAUCUAUCUAUCUAUCUAUCUAUGUUCAGAUCUAACUGUCUUUUCAUGUCUAUCUAUCUAUGUUUAUAUCUAUCUGUGUCCGUUCAUAUCUAUAUAUCUAUCUAAAUCUGUACCUUAUCUAUCUAUUAUCUCAUUCUAUUCAUAUUUAUCUAUCCAGUUCAGUGGGUUCAUGAUCUAUCUAUCGAUCGAUCGAUCUAUAUAUCUAUCAAUCUAUCUAUCUCUACCAGUCUGUUUCUUUAUCUAUCUAUCUAUCUAUCUAUCUAUCUAUCUAUUUCACUCCGUCUGUUCAUAUCUAUCUAUCUAUCUAUCUAUCUAUCUAUCUAUCUAUCUAUCUAUCUAUUUAUCUAUCUAUACCAGUCUGUUACAUUAUCUAUCUAUCUAUCCAUCUAUCUAUCUAUCCAUCCAUUCCUAG